AUGAUGGAAGAGCUGCAAGCCCGACAUAGAAAAGAAACUCGUGAACUACAAGCCAGAAUUACCCAGAAGAAGAAAUCCGCUUCUAAGAAGACGCGUAAAGGCGUAAACGAUGAGUGCGACAAACUCGAACACGAGCUCAGAGAACGGCAUGAAUCUGAGAUAGCCAGCUUACUGGGCGACGAUAUUGCGGACGGACAGCUUGACGACUUAGUGCUAGAUGAACCGGCAGAGGCCCAGCCACACGCCAAUGGGUCAGCCGAGGACGACACACUGAAAGACGACAAAGGGAUAACCAUCGGUGUAAGCCACCUGUCGGUAGAGCCCAAGUCCGACAGCGAAUCGUCCCAACCCUCCAAGAAGCCGAGCCGACAAAAGGCGCGUCUAGCACGCAGGGCAGCAGAGCAAGAAGCCAUAGCAGCCAAAGCGGCCGAAGAAACUUCCAGUCUUCCCAACCUCCGAGAGCAAGAGCGAACGAGCAUGCUCAAGCAAUUCGCGAAGUACGGCUUGCAGGAGAAAGAGAUCCGCGCGGACGGACAUUGCCUCUACUCUGCUGUCGCCGACCAGAUGGGUGCGUUGGGGCUGGGCCUCAAGCCCAAGAUCACGCCUACCACCAGCGCGGAGAACGGUGGUGAUAUGCCGGCAUACAGACAGGUCCGGGCAGCAGCAGCGUCCUACAUGUCCGCUCACGGCGACGAAUUUGCACCCUUUCUUGAAGACCCGCUUGACGAGCAUAUUCGGAAAGUCAGGGACACAGGAGAGUGGGGUGGACAGACAGAGCUGCUGGCCCUCGCAAAAACGUACGGCGUAAAGAUCAAUGUGCUGCAAGGCGACGGUACUAUACAUGCGAUUGAGCCUGACCAGGGCGGUGGCGAGCUGGAAGACGGCCUUUGGUUGGCGUAUUACAGACACGGCUUUGGACUUGGAGAGCACUACAACUCAUUGCGGAAAGCUCCAGUACCUUGA